AUGACACCUCUCAUCCAGGACCCGCCAACAACAAAACUGAUUAAAGCUAGGUACUUCUGGCCAGAAAUGGAGAAAAACAUACGAUCUUGGGUCAAAGAGCGAUGCCAACAGUCAAGAGCUGUCUCUGAUGCCAACAGUCCAAGAGCUGUCUACGAUGCCAACAGUCCAAGAGCUGUCUACGAUGCCAACAGUCCAAGAGCUGUCUCGAUGCCAACAGUCCAAGAGCUGUCAGUCCAAGAGCUGUCUACGAUGCCAACAGUCCAAGAGCUGUCUGAUGCCAACAGUCCGAUGCCGAUGCCAACAGUCCAAGCUGUCUCUGAGCUGUCACAGCCAACAGUCCAAGAGCUGUCUCUGAUGCCAACAGUCCAAGAGCUGUCUACGAUGCCAACAGUCCAAGAGCUGUCCGAUGCCAACAGUCCAAGAGCUGUCUACGAUGCCAACAGUCCAAGAGCUGUCUACGAUGCCAACAGUCCAAGAGCUGUCUCGAUGCCAACAGUCCAAGAGCUGUCUCACGAUGCCAACAGUCCAAGAGCUUCCAAGAGCUGUCUCGAUGCCAACAGUCCAAGAGCUGUCUCGAUGCCAACAGUCCAAGAGCUGUCUCGAUGCCAACAGUCCAAGAGCUGUCUACGAUGCCAACAGUCCAAGAGCUGUCUCGAUGCCAACAGUCCAAGAGCUGUCUCUGAUGCCAACAGUCCAAGAGCUGUCUCGAUGCCAACAGUCCAAGAGCUGUCUCUACGAUGCCAACAGUCCAAGAGCUGUCUCGAUGCCAACAGUCCAAGAGCUGUCUCUGAUGCCAACAGUCCAAGAGCUGUCUCGAUGCCAACAGUCCAAGAGCUGUCUCACGAUGCCAACAGUCCAAGAGCUGUCUCCCUACGAUGCCAACAGUCCAAGAGCUGUCUCGAUGCCAACAGUCCAAGAGCUGUCUACGAUGCCAACAGUCCAAGAGCUGUCUCUGAUGCCAACAGUCCAAGAGCUGUCUCGAUGCCAACAGUCCAAGAGCUGUCUCUGAUGCCAACAGUCCAAGAGCUGUCUCAGAUGCCAACAGUCCAAGAGCUGUCUACGAUGCCAACAGUCCAAGAGCUGUCUCUGAUGCCAACAGUCCAAGAGCUUCAAGAGCUGUCUGAUGCCAACAGUCCAAGAGCUGUCUCACGAUGCCAACAGUCCAAAGCUGCUGUCCACGAUGCCAACAGUCCAAGAGCUUCCAAGAGCUGCCAACAGUCCAGAGCUGUCUCUGAUGCCAACAGUCCAAGAGCUGUCUACGAUGCCAACAGUCCAAGAGCUGCUGAUGCCAACAGUCCAAGAGCUGUCUCUGAUGCCAACAGUCCAAGAGCUGUCUCGAUGCCAACAGUCCAAGAGCCUACGAUGCCAACAGUCCAAGAGCUGUCUCACGAUGCCAACAGUCCAAGAGCUGUCUCUGAUGCCAACAGUCCAAGAGCUGUCUCUGAUGCCAACAGUCCAAGAGCUGUCUACGAUGCCAACAGUCCAAGAGCUGUCUACGAUGCCAACAGUCCAAGAGCUGUCUACGAUGCCAACAGUCCAAGAGCUGUCUACGAUGCCAACAGUCCAAGAGCUGUCUACGAUGCCAACAGUCCAAGAGCUGUCAAUGCCAACAGUCCAAGAGCUGUCUCUGAUGCCAACAGUCCAAGAGCUGUCUCUGAUGCCAACAGUCCAAGAGCUGUCUCACGAUGCCAACAGUCCAAGAGCUGUCUCACGAUGCCAACAGUCCAAGAGCUGUCUACGAUGCCAACAGUCCAAGAGCUGUCUCACGAUGCCAACAGUCCAAGAGCUGUCUCUGAUGCCAACAGUCCAAGAGCUGUCUCUGAUGCCAACAGUCCAAGAGCUGUCUCGAUGCCAACAGUCCAAGAGCUGUCUCGAUGCCAACAGUCCAAGAAACGAUGCCAACAGUCCAAGAGCUGUCUCUGA